GGCAUCAUGGCGGCUUCCGCGCUCAGCCCCGUGUUGUCGCCCUUAGUUAGGUUAAACUGCAAAAAUAACGGAUUUUACACGUUUAUUGCACUUAACCAAAGAGUCGCAUACUCCAUCGGACUGCCGACGAGCAAUGGCGCUGAGAGGCAAGGUUUAUUAGAGAGGGGCAGUCGGGGUCUGAGGAAGCCGAGACGGGUGGCUGGAGAACCACGGUCAGAGCGGAUGGUGGUGGAUCAGGACUGGACUGCUGUUUAUCCCACUGCUAAGUCUUUUAAACCUGAUGCUGUGCCACUACCAGUGCGAAUGGGCUACCCAGUAAAAAGAGGGGUGCCUCCUGAGAAAAAGGGAAAUCUUGAACUUAUAAAGGUUCCGAACUUCUUGCACUUAACCCCAGCUGCCAUCAAGAAACACUGCGAGGCCCUCAAACCGUUCUGCACUGAGUGGCCUGCCGCUCUGGACUCUGAUGCUAAGUGUAAGGAGCAUUUCCCCAUUCAGAUACAGACUAAGGACUAUGUAUCUGCUGGACCUUCGCUCAGAAACCCAGACGCUCGAAUUGUCACACUCACGGUAAAGCUGUCCAGUUUAAAUCUAGAUGAUCAUGCCAGGAAGAAAAUGAUCAAACUGAGUGGAGAGCGCUACAGCAAAGAAACAGACGUACUCACCAUUACCACUGACAGUUGUCCACUGAGACAGCAGAACUAUAACUACGCCAUGUACCUGCUCACUGUUCUGUACCACGAGUCCUGGAAAACAGAGGCGUGGGAGAAAGAUAAGACGCGCGCUGACAUGGAGGAGUACGUGUGGGAGGACAGCCCCUCUCAGAAGAAUAUUCUAGAAACCUUGUUGCGUAUGCAUCCACUUAAGGAGAAGGAUGAGGAAUCGGCGCGGGAGGAGCUGCUGGGACGACCUGAGGUGCAGGAGUACAAAAACUCUGUGACCAAGCUGAAGAACGAGGGAGAGACAGAGAACAACAUGCAGCAGUACAAAGAGGCAGUGAAGAAACUACUAAAUAUCUAAAAAAAAAAAAAAAAA